GUGUUCAUGUGUCUUAUGAAUCGAUAUCGCUGCAGGAAUUUCAAAUGAACCGUUAAACUAAAUUUAGAUUCACAUCGUACAUGCAUGAUAUACAUGCUGGUGAAUUCGGCUACUCAUCAUGGACCCUGACAGUAUUUUCUGGGCAAUAUUUGUCUUCAUGUGGCUGGUGUACCUGUGGGAGACGUACCUUUCAUAUAGACAAAGAGAGUUGUACAGAACAGUUACCAAAAUUCCAGAGAAUAUUUCAAGUAUAAUGGACCAAGAAACUUACGAAAAGGCACGUCUGUACAACUUAGACAAGAGCACGUUUGGAUUUUACGUCGGUGUCUGGGGAGAAAUAGAACACUCGUUAAUUUUAAUCUAUGGAGGUAUUCCGUUCCUAUGGAGGGUUUCUGGUGAGGUCAUGCAGAAAUAUGGCUUCGAUUCCACCUAUGAGAUCUCACAGUCGGUAGUGUUUCUCAUCAUGGCUGUCACAUUCUCCACCAUCACCAGCAUGCCUUUCACUGUGUACAGCACCUUUGUCAUCGAGGAGAGGCACGGCUUCAACAAGCAGACUCCAGGAUUUUUUGUGAAAGACCAGAUAAAGAAGUUCUUUGUUUCGCUGGCCAUUGGGAUGCCAAUUGUGGCCCUGCUCAUUUACAUCAUUCAGAUUGGGGGAGACUACUUCUUCAUCUACGUCUGGGUCUUCCUCCUAGUGGUCUCCCUUCUGAUGAUCACCAUCUAUGCAGACUACAUUGCCCCGCUGUUUGACAAGUUUGCACCCCUCCCUGAGGGAGAGCUGCGCACAAAGAUUGAAGAGCUCGCAAAGAGUAUUGACUUUCCCCUCACCAAACUGUAUGUGGUGGAAGGUUCCAAGAGAUCAUCCCACAGCAAUGCCUAUUUCUACGGGUUCUUCAAGAACAAGCGUAUAGUGCUGUUUGACACCCUUCUAGCAGAUUAUUCACCAGUAAAUGCAGAUAAGAAGGAAGGUGAAUCAAGCAAGCUGGAAACGAAAGUGGGAGACUCAGGGGAGGCAACUAAGGUAGAAGAGAAUACCAAGGGACAUAAGAAGACAGGCUGUAACAAUGAAGAGAUACUGGCAGUGCUCUCCCAUGAACUGGGCCACUGGAAACUGGGGCAUAUCCUCAAAAAUUUAGUCAUCUCACAGGUUAACUCAUUCCUAUGUUUUGCUGCCUUUGGGUUGCUUAUUGACCAACAGGUUCUGUACUCUGCAUUCGGAUUUGACACACGUCCCACUAUCAUCGGACUUAUCAUUAUAUUCCAAUAUGUCUUCUCACCAUACAAUGAGAUCCUCUCCUUCUGUGUGACGGUUCUCUCCCGCAUGUUCGAGUUUCAAGCAGACGCCUUUGCCAAAAGCCUGCAGCACUCUUCCAACCUGAAGACCGCCCUCAUCAAGCUCAACAAAGACAACCUGGGCUUCCCCGUCAACGACUGGCUCUACUCCACCUGGCACUUCUCCCAUCCUCCUCUACUGGAGAGGCUUAGGGCACUCGAGAAAACAGAGUGAUUGAUCGGCUUUGAUAGAUUGGAGAUUUUUUUUCCGGCUAUUGAAAAGAAUUUAAACAAUAGAUUGAUUAAUGUUAGAAGUAUUAGUUGGACCUAUACAUGUGAUCUUUUCCUUGAUUAGCCAAAGUUGGGGAAAACAGAUAGGUCUUAUUUAUUAAUUGAAAAAAAUCUCAAGGUUCUAUAUUGAUAUAUUUUCAUUAUAUACAACCAAUUUAAAUCUAAUUGAUAUAUUUUUGCGGAAGACAAUUAUACAAAGGGCAAUUACUUAAUUAAUUUCAAAGAAAUUCUGGUUUUUAAUAAGAUAAAACUGUGAUGGCUUGAUACCAUGUUUAAUUUUUAUUUUUUUUAAGUUCAACUUUAAUUUUUUGCAAGAAUUUUACUAAGACCUUUCAAGAAUUCAAUACAAUGCUGCAUGUAAUUGACUCUAAAUGAUGAAGAUCUAUAUUUUUCCUGGAUUUGACUUGACCACUUAACCUCUCAAGAAUAAAGAGCUUUUCUUGUGGAAAGUUCUACAUGGAUUAAACAUUAUUUGCUGUUAUAUAAUAUGAUUUCACAUGAUGUCAUGAAAUUCAUUAAAUCAACACCAAUACUAAAAAAACUACAUGAAAUAUUAAAGUUGAAUUGUAUUAUGUUAUAAAAUGUUAAAUAAAAUUGGUUUCAGUCACUCAGUAGCAAGAAAUUCACUGAAUGCUAUCAAGGACAAUUGACAGCAUAUCUUUAUACAUCUGGUUUUAAAUAAACAUAAUAUUGCCUCUCAGCGUGAUCUUAUACUUGACUUUUUAAUGAACAUGACAUCUAUCAGCUAAUAUAAUUAAGCUUAGCUCAUUUUAUUACUAUUCCCAAUAAUUUGAUAAUCUUUUUCUUGUAUCUUUUUCUUAUUUUGAAACUUAAAAUUUUUAGCUUUUGUGAUACCAUUUUGUUUGCUGUGCGUCAUCAACAAUUGCAUUGUUAACACUUUAAAAGACCAUUUGUCCCAAUGAUAUCUGUGCCCAGUUUAAAAAAUUGGGUCAUGUGGGGUCAAAAACUAGAUCACCAUGUCAAAUUGAAGAAAACCUUGUGAAUACUUUGGAGGCCACAUUUAUUUCCAAUCUUAUUGAAAUUGGUCAGAACAUUAUUCCCUAUCAAAUCUCUGCUGAGUUUGAAAUUUAGUCAUGAGCGGUUAAUAACUAUGUCAAAUUAUAGGAACAGCUUGCGAUGAAACUACAGGAUUUAUUUAGUGCCAUAUUUUCAUGAAACUUGAUCAGAAAAUUGUUCCAACGAUAUCUCGAACCUGUUUGGAAUUGGGUCACUAAGAGGUCAAAAACUAGGUCACCAGGUCCUUAUAAGGAAAAGCUUGUGAACACUCAAGAGGCCAUAUUUAUCUUCAUGAAACUUGGUCUGAACAUUAUGGCAAUGAAAUCUCAGCACAUGGGAUCAACAACUUGGUCAAAUAAAAAAAAAAGCUUGUGAAACACAAAAGGGUCAAAUUUUAUUGUGUAAUCUUUAUGAAACGUGUAUGAUAUCCUAGACAAAUUUGAAACUAGUGGUGUGGCCUCAAAAACUAGAUCAAGUUCAAGAAAAAGCUUUUGAACUCUUUAGAAGUCACAUUUGUUUGAGCAAUCUUCAUGACACUUGCUCUGAACAUUUGUUGUCAUAAUUUCUCAGACAAGUGAGAUAUGGUUCCUUUCGUUUGAAAAAUAUGGCAACCAUGAGACGGGGCAAUUUUGUUAAAUUAAAUGUGUAUAAAAUAAAAGUAUAUGAACACUCAAGAAAGUUAUAUUUGUACCCACUUGUAUUGAAACUUUGUCAAAAUAUUAACUCUGGGCUGUUUAAAAACAUGGCAGCAAGGUGUUCAACUGGUUUUCAUUAUAUGUCUACUGUGAAACCUUGUGAACUCUACAUUUUUAGAAAAAUUCCUUGUUGAUGAGAGCAUUAUUGCCCUAUUGUGUAGUGUUUUUUAAAUGAUUUACAGCUUAUGAUUGUCACAAAUAUGUUAAUAGCAUUUUAUUUAUGGUGUGUUUUUGUUGUUUUCUAAAAGUGAUUUUCAAAAAUAUAUCAUGAAUGAAUGUUA